AUGCCGAUCCCUUCUGGUCCUUGGGAACAAGUGGCCAUCGACUUCAUGACAGGACUGCCUCCGGUCGAGCUCGAAGGGAUGAUGGUUGCUCAAAUCAUGGUGGUCACUGACACUUGGGGCAAGAUGGUCCACCUGAUUCCCCUCCCAGCCGAUGCCGACUCGGAGCUCGUUGCCGAGAAGUACUACGCCACCGUCUUCCGACUGCAUGGGAUGCCUUCCGCCAUCGUUUCCGACCGUGAUCCCAAGUUCACCUCGCAGUUUUGGCGGGCAUUGCAGGCAAAGAUUGGCACCGUCUUGCGAAUGUCAACCGCGGCACACCCGGAGACGGACGGAUCGAGCGAGAAUCGGAUCAAGAUGGUCACCCAAACCCUGCGGAUCAUGGUCUCGUCAAACCACGAGGCUUGGGCAUCUCGUCUUGUUGAAGCUGAGUUCGCUCUUAACUCUUCUGUUGCUGUGUCCACGUCGCUGUCGGCUUUUGAGGCAACCUACGGCUACCUUCCUCGAUGUUGGCCCUCGGAUUCCUGGUCUGGCAGGCAACGUCCUCUUCAGAAGACGUUGACUACACGCGGAGGAGGGGAUCAGGCCGAAGGAAGGUCGACUGGGCGGGGGCAGGCGACCGAGGGACAACCGAGGAGGGGACGCGGUUGUGAGGCUCGCAGCAAGUCAAGUAUAUCGGACUUUAUUGCCAACGAGAUCGAAAACGAAGGAUGA